UGUGGACUUUGACCUAUACGCUGAAGACUGACUUAGAGUUAAAUAUACUCCUCCCUCUCAGGGUUAAUUGCAAUUUAAUCUGAAUUUAGAGGUUUCAUAUUUACUAUAUUUUUGCUGUUAGCUUUUGUUGUUAACUAGCAGUGUUGUGCAAAACAGAGUUUGUCCCAUGGGUUUUAUAAGUGGCAUAGAUGUACUUACUCUGCUGGAGGACUUAUGUUGGAUAAUGUCUGCACAGAGCUGUGAAGUCUUUAAGAGUUGGGUUUGUCCUGUAAGGCUGUUUGUGAUGGAUGUGACUGUGCAGCAGCCGCUCUCUUGGGAAGAGCACUGUGUGCUGUGCUGGGCCAACUCUAAAAACUCGUGCUGGGCAAUGCUUUGGAAGGAGGGGAAUAGAUUUUGAUUUUCUUCAUCCUUGUGUUUUGAAAUGGGGGGCCUCAGGUGAUGUCAGUUUAUACAUUUUUCUCUGAAUAUCUUGAGUUUUUGCUGCAGGAGAGGGUUAAACAAGAGUUAAGCUAAAUGCCAUUCCUGUUUUUUCUGUAAACAAUGCAAUAAUUAAUGUAAUUUUCUUGUUCGUGUUUUUGCCUAAUGCGUUCCUAAUAAUGUAGCUGGAAGUGGCAGAUGGGUAUCCUGCCUCUUAAUGCUUCCCUGUUGGGAACAUGCUGAUGCUUUGCUAAUGCCUGAUGCUUUGCUGGAAUGUAUCCUAUAUGUGUGCUUCCUUUGGCUUCUGAACAGACUUUCUUUUAAUGCUGCUUCAAGGUGCUCCAAAAAGUUGUUCAUCAGCUUUGGAGUUUCCCUUGCCUUGAGAUGGCAAAGCCAUGAAUCACCAUAGUGAUCAAAUUAGGGUUAGUCAAGUCAGCCAAGAUGUGACUGAAUCUUUAAUUUUGUCAAGAUGACAUUCCUCAGCAUUCCCUCACUAGUAAACAAGAAAAUACUUGGCCUGUGUUGUAAUUGCAGGGAGUGGUGAGGAGACGGUGAGGCUUUUCCAGUACUGGGUAAAGCUUACUUCCAAUGGAAGUUGUAUUUCCCCUGGAAAAUGAGGCUGGGGGGUAUUUUUGCCUUAAGCUCCUCUGGGCUCACAGCCCAGUUUAGUUACAACUUUUGAGCCCAUUCCUUGUGCUCCAGCUGUGACCACAGGGCUCUCCAGGAGCACGGCCUCACCUUCCCAAAGGUGGGGCUGCAGGUGCUGUCACUCAGCUCCUUGGCACAGCAGCCUCUGUCGUGGCCAGCAUCUGGACUGCUGUGGGACAUGGCAUGCUCACCUGCCCAGCACAGGGGUGGUGGCCCCGAGCCCCUGGCAUGCUGGACCUGCUGCCCUUCGCUGUCUGAGGUGGAGCUCCGUGCUGACUAACUGGAAUGCUCUGGGAAAUAGGAGUUUCCCUCUUGGAAAUGUCACAGGAAGCACGAAGGAAGUCAUGUGGUGUAGGAGCAGUCCAGCUCCCAUUUGUCUCAUCAGAACCAUCAAAGUCUGCAGGACGCAAACAAUGUGAUGCCAGCUGCCUUAUAAAUAACCCAUUUUCCACUUCCACACUGGCCUUUCAUUCCAUGUGAGGGGAAAGGAAGAGCGUCACGUUGUGCUCAUUUGUUCAGAGUGACUCCCUGCCUGCUGCCCUUGGUGAUGGCUGCGCUGCUCAGAAGGGUUCCUCUCUCUGGGCAGACACAGCUGUUAUGUGAUCAUGUAAGAUUUUUUCAUUUUCUUCUCCCAAAGCUGAAAACAAAAACUGUGGUGAAACCAAACUGAUUAGAGGGCUGAAGCACCACUCCUGAGAGGAAGGGCUGAGGGAGCUGGGGUUGCUCAGCCUGGAGGAGAGAAGCUCUGGGGUGACCUAAUUGUGGCUUUUCAGUACCUGAAAGGGGCCUGCAGGAAAGGUGGAGAGAGGCCAUUCACAAGGAGUGACAGGACAAGGGGGGGUGGCUUCAAACUGACAGAGAGUAGGGUUAGAUGGGAGAAAUUCUCCCCUGUGAGAGUGUUGAGGGAGUGGAAUUGAUUUCUCAGAGAAGCUGUGGCUGCCUCCCCCUGGAAGUGAUCCAGGCCAGGUUGGACAGGGCUUGGAGUAACCUGGGAUAGUGGAAGGCAUCUCUGCUCAUGGCAAGGGUGUAGUGAGAUAAACUUUAAGGUCCCUUCCAACCCAAACCAUUCCAUAAUUCCAUAAAACACAUCCAGAGUCAUGGUGCUGCCCUUCUCCUCCUCCCUGCUAGCCCUCCUGGUGAGGUGGUCCCUGCAUGAGGAUUUUAGUGGGUGCAUCUCCCCCAGUGAAAGAGCCCUACAGGCCCUGUAGCUCCUGCUGGCUCUCUGCUGAUGAGCUCUGAGGAGAACGCCCAGUAUCACUGGUUUAAACAGCUCCAUCGGCAGGGAUGGGAUAAUGCUGGAGUCCUUCUUAAUGUUCCUGUGGCUGAAUCAUGGAACACAAAUGUCUGAGUCACCGUGGGUGAAUGUAGCAUUUCACGUCGGUGUGAACCGAAAUGUGAACAGCACUGCCUUUAUUAGAGGAGCUAAUAUUGGGCUCAUGGGUUUCAUUAGAUUUUAAAAUGAAACAAUACAGAAGAGUUCCUUUUACAAUGUAUAUAAACAGAUUAUGAACAUGGAAAUGCCAGGGGUUUAAUGGGAUGCUGGGCUGGAUGGAGAGGAAAUGAAACUUCAGAAGAAGGCCAUGUACCCCAUGUUUGAGUGUUUGCUGCCUGUUUUUUUUUUUUUUAUUUCAGCCAUCUGCCUCUCCUUAAAUCACAUAAAAUUUUCAUGUAACUGGUGUUUCUUCGUUACUGUAUUUUAAAAGAAAAUGCUGAAGGGACAAUCAGCUGUUUCCCAUUUUGCUCUCCUUUAGAAAGCUUUUUGCUAUUCCAACUUUUUCGUCUUAAGAAAGUCAUCACCUGUCCCUGAGGAGUAAAACAGUUGCUCUGGUUUCUUCUGGUUGCUGUGCAGCAAAGUCAGAUGGUCUUUCUCAUUAUUAUGGGAAUUUUUGCCUUUUAUUACUCUUCCUUGCUUGAAGUGUUGGCUUUCCUUUAUCCUGGAUGUCCAGUGGGACAAGGGCAGGUUGCUUUGUCCUGUGUUUUUCCCCAGGGGUGAAACAAAGCCCUCUGAAAGCAGAGGGUUUCUUAGGAGCUGCCCUCAUGCUCUGACCUCAGGCUGCAGCUGAGGCGGGGACAUUUUUUGAUGUUUUGUUUUCUGGGACAGAAUUUGCACCUUUCCUUUCAGAUGUGGAGCUGAAGGAUGGGCUGAUGGGUUUUUCUGGCCUUGAGUUCCCUUGAAGAUAAUGAUGCUGGUGUUACUUUUGGGUUUGUGGUGCUUUGUGCAUGUUGUCAGCUGUUUUCUGGUGGGGUUUUGCUUUCUCCCCUAAAAGAGCAGAGGGUGGCUGGUACUCCUGAAUGAUGCUUAAGGCCAGAGCCAGCUGCAAUUUGAAAAACAGAUUUGUAUCUCUUUGCUCCUGAGGCACCACAGACCUACUUUAAAUGAAUAAAUAAAGAUUUUCCUGCUUCUCUGUUGUAGGGUGUAUAGGGUAAAUGAGCUGCAGGUUCACAGAAGUCCUUGCCCAAAUUAUAGUGAUAAGUGAAGGAAUCCAAAUGGACAUAUUUAAACUUUGGAGAUCUUUUAUUGUGAGGCAGAUGGCUGAGGGGGAUGUUUGUUACCUUAACCAUCAAGUUGUGACACAUGAAUAGAAACUAAACUUUUACUUUCCUUGUUAAAUUUAAAUUUUCCAUUGUUAAAUUUAAAUUACAAGAGAAGACAUGCUACCUGGUAACUUUAGUGGAGAGGGGAAUUGCAUGAAAUUGUAUUUUUACAUUUGGCUAGAUGCAUAUCAGCUCAGGCUGUCUUUGAAAUUCCCUUUGCUCGGGGGUAAUGCAGCUCCCACAGCACUUAGAGAGCGGCUGUCUCAUCCCUGACUGCCUUAGUUUGUGUUUAGCUGGCACAGGUAGGCUGGAAAUUCCUUCAUCCCAUUUUGGGAGGUGAAACCCCUUGGUGUGUUGCUGUGCAUGGAUUCUCCAAGCCCGUCCCUGAGAAGAACACUCUGCUCUCCUUCUCCUCGCUCCCAGCUUUCCUCUCCUCUUGCUGAACGGGAUGCGAGGAAGGAGCGAGGGGUGUUGGUAAUUUGGAUUGUGCAGCUCAGUGGCUGGAUCCUGGCUGCCUGUCUCCUCCCCUUCCUGAGCUUCGCCCUAGCCAGCUCGGCUCUGGAAUGACAGGCAUUCCUGCGUGAAGGGAGCUGGCACGGACACUUAUUUAUGAGAAUCAAGUGCCUAGGCAUGGGGCACAGGGCGAGCAGGACCUGUGCCGGACCAUCGGACACCGUGGCCUGAGAGCUGGGAGUGCCUCCUGACCAGCCUCCUUCCUCAUCCGGAGUGUGGAUUUACCGUUUAGAGGGUGAAGUGUUCUCCGCGUAGACUUUUCCUCUGUUCUCCUCCCACCUCUUCCCGGAGAGCGCUCCGAACAGGAUCCCAUGGGGCAGCCGCACUUCUCGAGACCGGUAAAUCCAGGUGCUCUUGCUGAAGACGGGGAUCACGCCCCAAGUGAUGCCAGCAUGGGGGUAGAUGUUUUGGAGUCAGGUGACACCACACCUCCGACAAAGAGGAAAAGCAAGUUCUCAAGCUUUGGCAAGAUUUUCAAACCCUGGAAGUGGAGGAAAAAGAAAAGCAGUGACAAAUUCAAGGAGACUUCAGAAGUUUUAGAACGAAAGAUUUCUAUGCGAAAGCCAAGAGAGGAGCUGGUAAAAAGAGGGGUUCUGUUGGAAGAGCCUGAGCAGGAUGGUGAAGAGGCAGAGAAGCUGAACCCACCUGCGCUGAAGAAUGGCCACACUGUCCCUAUUGGGGGCCCUGGGGUCUGUAACCUGCCCAGCCAGGAGGAAGAGGCCACAAAGCCACCCAGCCUUAGGAAGCCUGUUCCAGUGGAGGAGCCAAAGAGGCAGGGCUCCUCCAGCAGCCACCCUGGGCCUGAACUGGAACCACCUCAGGAGCCACAUGUUCCCAGACAACCUCUUCUUCCUCCAAAAAGACCUCCCUCCACUUCCCAGGAGGCAAACGAAGUACAGGCAAAGGAUCCAGUACCUGCCAGCAGCACUGCAAAAACUGCCCCCUUCAGCACAGCCCCCACGGCAGCAAAGACAGUCAAUUCCACAGCUGCCCCUUGCCCAGCCCCCAGGACUCUGCUCCCUGCUCCUGCCAGUGCCAACACUACUGCUCCCACCAGUACACCCAGCACAGCUGCUGCCAAACAGCCUCCCGUUCCUCCUCCCAAACCUGCCAACAGAAACAGCAACUCACUCAUAGCUGAACUUUCCCAAGUAAUGACCGGUGGUACAGCCUUGUCCAAGCCUUCCCCUCCUCUCCCUCCAAAGAGAGGCCUCCUGCCUAACAACUCGUCAGAGGCUGUCACCUCUAAGCCCGCAAAUGACAGGACAGUGCCAGGGAGCCGCCCUGCACCAACCCCAGUGCACGUGACCUCAGCUUAUCCACCACCUUCGCCCUCGCCGCCGCUGCCCACCCAUGUGCCCCCUGAACCUCCACGCAUGGUCCUGCCCACAUCCACCCCUGUCCUGGACCCACCGUGCUCCCUGGACCUGCCCAAGGAGAUUCCUCCUCCUCCUCUUCCUGAAGACUUCAGGUCCACGGAGGCGUCGAAGAGGACAGCAGAACAAGGCUUUGGUGAACCCCACGUGCUGCCUCGCCUGCCCCAAAUCCCACUGCACAUUCGUAUCCAGCAGGCUCUGGCCAGCCCUCUGCCUGUCACCCCACCUCCCGAGGGGUCCCACAGGGCUCACUCUUUGCUCUUUGAGAACGAUGGUUUUGGAGAAGACAAUGGCACCCUGGGCAGGACAAGAUCCCUGCCCAUCACCAUUGAGAUGCUCAAAGUUCCAGACGAUGAGGAAGAGGAAGAUGAUGACCAGGAAGAGGAACAGAAUUCAGGUCCUCGUGUGUAUAUUGGAGAUGUGCCGUCUGUCACAGUCAUCCCCACACUGGUACCCCAGGUCCUCCCGGAGGAGCAGGAAGGAGACGAAGGGAUGAGCGACUCUGACUCGGAGGGGCCCAUCCUGUAUAAAGAUGAUGAGGAUGAGGAAGAAGAUGAAAGCCAUAACAGCACGCUGGCCAACAAAGUGAAGAGGAAAGAUACGCUUGCUAUAAAGCUGGGGAACACCACUGCCCCACAGGAGGAGAAGAGCAUCUUCCCUCGGAAGAGCAAGGAGGAGUGGAACGAAAUCCGUCACCAGAUUGGGACAACGCUGAUCAGGCGACUGAGUCAGAGACCAACUGCAGAAGAACUGGAACAGAGGAACAUUCUUCAGCCGAAAAAUGAAGCUGACCGUCAAGCUGAGAAGCGGGAGAUCAAGCGCCGGCUCACCAGAAAGCUUAGCCAAAGGCCUACAGUGGCAGAGCUGCAGGCCAGGAAGAUCCUGAGGUUUAAUGAAUAUGUGGAAGUAACAGAUGCUCAAGACUAUGACCGGCGAGCAGAUAAGCCAUGGACAAAGCUGACUCCAGCUGACAAGGCAGCCAUCAGGAAGGAGCUGAAUGAGUUUAAGAGCUGUGAAAUGGAAGUGCACGAGGAGAGCAAGCAGUUCACGAGAUACCAUCGACCAUAAUAUUCCAAGGAGGGAGCAAGAAACCCGUGAGGGCUGGAAGUCCCCCUCCCAGGCAAUACAGUGAGGGUGGAACCUCAGCUCUUCCAAGAUUUGCCUUCCAAACAUAUCCAGAAAAAGGCUUUCGGCCAGGGAAGGGGAAUCCUGUCUGAAUGUAGCAUUUCACUGGAACAAACACAUCUCUCAUGCCAUCAGGCUGGAAGUGACACUAUACCUCGUGUGGCUCAGCAAUACGACUCUGCCAGGAGACCGUGCCCAGGGGAGCGACCCCUUCCUCCCCAAGCUGCACAGACUUGUCUUGGGGAGUGCAAUUCCUCAUUUCCUUCUCCUUUCCUUCAGGAAGGGAGAUUAAAAGCAAAGGCAGCUCUGAUGUUGGGAAGCUGAGGAGAGCAUCUGCUCAGAAGCAAAUGUGUGUAUAUUAGCUGUGUACAGAGAACCCUGGCAGACAACUGACGGGGCACUCACUAUGUUUUGGGGGUUUUGCUUUUUUGUCAUGUCCUUAAUGCCCUGAAUCACUACUGACCAACGGUUUGUUGUCCUGGAAGGGAAUUGUGUAGAUAUUAACAUAUGCUGCAUCUUUUUGUUAAAAAAAAAAAAAAAAGGAAAAAAACCCCCACCCCAACAUAUGUCUAAAUGCUCUGCACUCUCUCACACUUGCUGUGAUCUUAAUAACAGAUCUUGAGAUCCUUAGGCUUGUUUAACAAAUUACAGAACCAGGAAAAAUGACUGUUGCCUUUUUAAAACUUUUUAAUUUGGGGAAACUGUGAGAGUAGUCAGUCCUUUUUAUUGUGGCUUUCUCUCAAAUGUUUUUUACUCUCCCAAAUCAGGGUUGAAGCUUGCCUUUUUCUCAUUUUUACAGCUAAACCUACUGGAAAUUUGAUCGUUUCACUGUGUGGGUCAAAAGGAAGGGAAGAAUAGGUUUAAAAAGUGACCUUAAAAA